GAACAUUGCCGGGAAAUACAGCAGUGGAACUCCACCGGUCCUGAUGCUGGAGCUGAUUUCAGUGUUAGACCUAUGUUAAUCAAUGUGAGUGUUUCCUGUCCUCUCUUCCUCAUUUGAGAUACAUCAACAGCACCCCAAGCCAAGAAAUCUUGUUUGGGAGUGUCUCUUUGGACCACAAGACCCCAAGUGAUUGUGGGAUUUGCCAGUACUGGGCUUUAUUAUUACUUUUUUGAUUAUUUGCAAUUUGUUUCCAGUGUGGGAGGAUCCUAAAAGCUGACUGUUGAGAUUUUUUUUCUGCUGUCAAGCACGUAACCAAUCCUGCUAUCUGCUUCCACUACUCAUUCCUUAAGGGACAUAGCCCCUAGUCUUCAGCAAUGAAGUUCAACUUGUUCAAAAAGCCUCAGGCCGUUGCGGCUGCUGAGCCAACUAGCGCCACCACCGUGACCAUGGCUCCCUCCAUUGUCCCAAUCUCCACCUCUGCUCCAGACACUUCAGGCAACAACACAGAGAUCAGCAAGAAUGACAUGUUUGAGCAGAUCAAAAGCAAAUUCUUGAAUGAAAUUGAUAAAAUUCCACUUCCUCCAUGGGCUUUGAUUGCUAUUGCUGUGGUGGCAGCAUUGCUUGUCCUCACUUGUUGCUUCUGCAUAAUCAAAAAAUGCUGUUGCAAGAAGAAGAAGAACAAGAAAGGAAAGAAGGGCAAGGACGGCUUUAACAUGAAGAACAUGCAAGGUGGCGAGAAACACCAGGAUGACGAUGAUGAAGAAGAAGGGGAGACUGGAAUGACAGAGGAGGAGAAAGAGGAAGAGGAGAAAGAAGAAGAAAAACUGGGAAAACUCCAAUACUCUAUAGAUUAUGACUUUGAGAACACAAAGCUGACAGUUGGCAUCCUUCAAGCUGCAGACCUCAUGUCAAUGGACUCCGGAGGUACCUCUGAUCCUUACGUUAGGGUACAUCUUUUUCCCGAUAAGAAGAAGAAGUUUGACACCAAGGUGCACAAGAAAACACUGAAUCCAGUCUUCAAUGAGACCUUUGUUUUCAAGGUGCCCUACGAGGAGCUGGGUGGAAAGACCAUUGUCAUGUCAGUGUACGACUAUGACAGAUUUUCCAAACAUGAUGUCAUAGGUGAAGUGAAGUUGCCCAUGAAUACUAUUGACCUUGGACGUCCAAUUGAAGAAUGGCGGGACCUGGAGAGUGCUGAUCAAGAGGAGCCUGAGAAACUUGGAGACAUCUGCAUCUCUCUCCGUUAUGUCCCCACUGCUGGAAAACUCACAGUCUGCAUCCUGGAGGCAAAGAAUCUGAAGAAGAUGGAUGCAUGUGGCUUGUCUGAUCCCUAUGUGAAGAUCCAGCUCCUGCAGGGAGGAAAGCGCCUGAAGAAAAAGAAGACAAAUGUGAAGAAGAACACUCUAAAUCCUUAUUACAAUGAAUCAUUCAGCUUUGAAAUCCCACUGGAACAGAUGCAGAAAAUCUUGGUGGUUAUCACAGUGUUUGAUUAUGACAAGAUAGGUAAGAAUGAUGCCAUUGGAAAAAUCUUUGUUGGCAGCAAGGCUACCGGCUUGGGUCUUAAGCACUGGUCAGACAUGCUGGCUAAUCCCCGCCGCCCCAUUGCCCAGUGGCACCCACUGCAGCCAGAAGAGGAUAUCGAUGGUCAGCUUGCAGCACUGGCAGCAAAGAAGUAACAAGCCUCAUCAACCAGCUAUUGCUCUUACUCGGAAAAUCAUCCACACUUUGCAUGAAUCCAAUGACUUAACAAAUGACUCAGCAAAAAAGAGACAUCUUAGGAUAACGUCUUAUACUAUGGGAAGAAACUUGUGCCAUCAGAAACUGAAUUUGAAUUUCUCAGACUGAAUCUGUAUUUGUGUAAUUUGAAAUUAAAUGCAUUGAUUUGAAACUGAA